GACUAAAUUCAACCAGUUGCAAAAUAAUGAGCUACAGAAUUGCUAGAUCUACUUUGUCAUUGACAAUAAUCAUAAUCACAUUUGCAACAUCUUAUGAUGCCCACACUACAGAUAAUAUUUUAUCAAGUGCUGGCAAGAAAUUCAUGGUCAGUUUCCCAAGAAAUGUUGUUCAAUAUCCAGGAAUCAAUCCCAAAUUGAUUUUGUUUAUCACAAACCCAGAGUCAAGUGCUGUUAAUUUCACAGUAACUCCAAUUAAUAUCAGUGGGAAUGUUUCUAACUCUUCAACUAGAGUAAAUGUUCCAUCCAAUUUUGAGGUUUCUUCUGUUAAUGAAAGGAACAAGGGGAUCCUUGUUGAAACCGACGGAAGCAUAAAUUUGUACGGGAUGUCUUUUCAUUCAGCUACUACAGACGCUUAUUUAGCGUUACCAUGUUCUAAAAUGGCAGUUGAUGAAUACGAAUAUUAUGGAAUCUCCUAUGACACCAUUAGUAGUAUCACUCCUAGUGUAAUUUUGCUAGUGGCUUGUGAAAAUGAAACUGUUGUCAAAUUCGAUUCCUCAACAAUAACACUAAAUAGUAUGGAAACAUAUCAGAUUGAAAGUGAUAAUGAUCUUACAGGAACAAGAAUAACUAGCUCCAAACCUUUGUCUGUAUUUAGUGGAUCUGAUUGCGCUAGUGUUCCUCAAGGUACACUCUACUGUGACUACCUGGUUGAACAAGUGCCUCCGACUGUGACAUGGGGCUCAACAUUUCUCGUGGGAUCUCUCGAGGGUAGAUCUACUGGUGAACGUAUUCGUGUUCUUAGUGCCCGAGCAGCAAAUGUAGCUGUGAACUGUAACACUAACGUAUCAGUCGGUCAAUUCCAGUUGCAGGGUGGAGGGAGUUUCAGAGAAUUUGAAAUCCCUAUUAACAGUUUCUGUAGCAUUGAAUCCACUUCUCCAGUACUGGUUGCACAGUAUGCCUAUAGUAUUAGGAGUGAAGGCGUGGGAGGCACAUUCAUGAUGAUAAUCCCUCCAAUUGAGCAGUUUACAAAUAAUUAUUUUGUCGCAGCGUUUACUUUUUUCGUAUCCAACUAUGUCACUGUGUAUGUUUCUUCUGAGUUUUUUCAAACUGCACAAAUGUUAAUAGAUGAAUCUGUUGUUACUGGCUGGAGGAACGUUGUCUGUUCAAAUGGAGAGAUUUGUGGCCACAUAAGUAGAAUGAAUGUGUCUCCUGGAGCUCAUUCCAUCCGCCAUCAAAACAGCUCAGCAGUUCUAGGUGUUUCAGUGUAUGGUUUCAGCUCAGACAAUUCUUACGGUUACCCUGGAGGCAUGAGAUUAUCUCCCAUACAAUGCAUCUGUGGUAAAAAUUCUGUUUGUUUGAAUAACACGGAACACUUCAACUGUAGCUGUUUGAAUGGAUUUUUUGCUUCAUUAUCUGGAACUGAUGAACUCAUCUGUAAUGCUAUAACCUGUCCUCCCUUGACUGCUCCUACCAAUGGCUUUGUGACAUACAAUAAUACUUCUGAUGAAAACGGUAACUAUUCUUUCAACACCAUGGCUAACCACAGUUGUGACACUGGGUUUGUUCUGGUUGGUAACAACACAAGGACUUGCACUGGAGAUGGUAGCAGCACUACUGGUAUUUUUGAUGGAGAAGCAGCAAUUUGUGAACUUACCUGUGUCCUGCCUGCCCCUCCACUUAAUGGAGUGUUGCUCACCAACACUAACCAAACCGAGAGCUCAGUCAUUACCUUCCAAUGUGAUCCUGGUUUUUCACUGGUGGGUACAGAGACUGCCACUUGUAACAACUCUGGUUUAUGGGAUCCUGACCCGGCUCUAUUGGAGUGUAACAGUGUGGCAAUAACUGGUGCAUGGAAUGCUGCUGCUCUAUCUGGAGGUGUUGUUGCUAUAGUGAUGGUACUGAUCUUACUGGUCGUCAUAUUUCUCUUAGUCACUAUCACAAAGAAAAGAAAAAAAACUAGACAACUGUCAGGCAAUGAAGUUCCAAUAGCAGCCCCAGCUGUUCCAGUAUACGAGGAAGUGUACCUAGUAAUGACAAAUAGACAGCUGUCAGGCAAUGGAGUUCCAGCUGGUCCAGUAUACGAGGAAGUUGAUCUAGCAAUGGCACCAAGAACACAAGACAUUCAAGUGGAGUCUAAUGAAGCUUAUGGACAAGCGGCAAAACGAAACAUAAAGUUGCAGUCAAAUCAGGCACAUGGAGAAAUCAGAUACGAACUGCUGUAUCAUGAGAAUGGUGAGUACAAUACCGACAAUGGCGUGAGGGAAGGCUGGCUCAUUGUAACUGCCCACCAAGAAGAUGACCACGAACCCAGCCACCGUCACAAGCACUCCCAAACACUGCACACAGAAAAAGAGCAAAACAUUUAAAUUAUGACAUUUGGCUUCAAUGAAAUGACACUGUGACAGCUCUCCAAGGGCUUAAUUGGUUUUCCUAAUGGACAGUCAAAAGUGGACAAUCCCAUGUAGAUGUCGAAAAUAAAUACAUAGAUCACCUUGUGACAAUGUAAGCAUUCCUAUAAUUUAUAGCUAAUGACACCGCUCUCUAGGGGGGGUAAAAGAGGAAUGUGGAAUGGAAUGAAUGGAAUAAUUAUGGAACUAGGGUGGACUAUUUACGAAGAACUGAAUGGGCUUCUGUUUAUUUUUUUCUAAGUUUCAAUGAAUAUACCAUGCAGCUAAAAGAGUUUCCAAAGCAUUAAUGGAGGGAGGGGGGUUGUAGUUAAACAACAGCCAUAACUUUGGUAUUCUUGUUAGGAUUUUCUGAAAGCUUGGCACUUAACAAGUUUCU